GGCGGGAGCGGGGCUGCUGCUGAGGGAGAUGGCGCCGGAGGGCGUGUGACAAGUGCGGCAGAGACCGUCGGUGGGGCUGUUGCGGGCCUUUAACGAGGCACUAACGUUUAAUUCCAAGUGUCGUUACCGCAUGGGACGAGGAGCAGGGGCGUGGUGCGGAGUGCCGGUGGCCGCGGCCGCGCUCUGUCAGAGAGCGGGGAAGGCAGGGAAAGGGCCCGUGGUAGCAAACGCUUAAAGCCCUUUGCGUAAUCUGGCUGGUCCGUGCAACAACCCUGUAGGAUGGCCAAAUGUGAACCUUGUGAAAGAAAUUAUGACAAUGUAGUAAAAAUGCUUGAAGAUCUGAACAGGGAUUUAGAAAAACUGCUGGAAGACAUGGAAAAGCUAUCAGUGCAGGCUACAUGGAUGGCUUAUGAUAUGGUUGUGAUGCGUACUAACCCAGAUUUGGCCAACUCAAUGAGACGGCUGGAAGAUGCCUUUCUCACUUGUAAGGAGGAAAUGGAGAAAAACUGGCAAGAAAUGCUGAAGGAAACUAAAGGUGUUGAACAAAAACAAGAUUAGAUGGCUUUUUAAUUUCUGGUGGAAAUGUAAGCCUUGGAAGGAUUGGUCUUGGUUAAUUACUUUGUUCAGUCUUUAUUUUGAAAAUACAUUCUAAAAACAUA